AUGUCUCCAGCACCUCUCUCAGAGUCCCGCGAUCCCCUCCUCCCCCUCACCCCCUCGUCCUCAUCUACAGUCCGAGCUCACCGGUCCAGUUCCUCCGCCGAACAUCCCGACGAUUUUGAGCUCGAAAACAUAUACGUAGACGACCUAAAAACACAUUGCAACUCGGACGACCCGGCCACUCCUUCCUCACCAAUGGCUCGCAGUCGUAAAGACCGCCAUCACGACAACGACCGCUCGUCCUCGGCAAACAUGAACUCAUCCUCAUCCGUUGAGUACCGACGAAAGAACGCUUCGGUGGAUGGUCACGAUCUGCUACCGUCCUCCAUGCAGACGGAAGCGCUAUUACAGCGGGAGUCCUUCUCGCUCGACGAUGACCACGACAAGCAGGCCUCCGCAUCGCUGAAGGAUCUAUCACCGCAAGAUCAGAAGAACUUUGCUUUGCUAGUUCUACUCUACUUUCUACAGGGCGUCCCCAUGGGUUUAGCGAUGGGCUCAGUACCUUUCCUGCUGAAGAGUAGGCUCUCGUACGGUGAGAUCGGAGUGUUUAGUUUAGCUUCCUACCCUUACUCCAUGAAACUACUCUGGUCACCUAUAGUCGACGCGAUAUGGAGCAAGAGGAUGGGAAGGCGGAAGAGUUGGAUCGUGCCUAUACAAGCCCUCAGUGCGAUAAUGUUGUUAUGGUUAGGAGCAAAUGCGGAUAGACUUAUGGCUGAGGCCAGUGGCAAACUGUACACUUUCACAUUUGUCUUUUUCUCACUGGUUAUGCUUUGCGCGACGCAGGACGUUGCGGUAGAUGGUUGGGCUUUGACUUUACUUUCCGUGGAAAACCUCUCGUAUGCUUCGACUGCCCAGACAGUCGGUCUUACCGCUGGAAACUUUCUUUCCUUCACUGUAUUCUUGGCGUUCAACUCUCCAGACUUUGCAAAUCGGUAUUUCAGAACAACACCAUCCGAUGUUGGGCUCUUCACCCUGGGUGGAUACCUCACAUUCUGGGGGUGGGCAUAUCUCAUCGUGACCCUCGGGCUAGCCGUCUUCAAGAAGGAGGAAAGGACCAGCAAUCGUGAUGGGCUAGUUAGCGUCUACAAGACCAUGUGGAGGGUUAUCAAGCUCAAACACGUCCAAACCUUCAUAAUAAUCCACCUGAUCGCCAAAAUCGGCUUCCAAGCAAACGACGCCGUAACAAAUCUCAAACUCCUCGAGAAAGGUUUCACACAAGAAGACAUGGCCCUAACAGUCCUGAUCGAUUUCCCCUUCGAAAUCGGCCUAGGCUACUACGCCGGAAAGUGGUGCGCGUACUUCCCGCCAAUGACUCUCUGGAUGUGGGCCUUCAUCGGCCGCCUGCUAGCCGCAGUGCUAGCGCACAUCACCGUCUGGAUAUUCCCAAGCGACGGUGUCGUCGAGUCCGGCUACCUCAUGGUUGUGAUCGCAGAGCAUAUCUUUUCAACUUUCACUAGCACAGUAAUGUUCGUCGCUGUAUCCGCCUUCCACGCUAAGAUUGCCGAUCCGGGGAUCGGAGGGACUUAUAUGACCUUACUCGCAACCGUAAGCAAUCUCGGCGGCACCUUCCCCAGGAUCUUCGUCCUAAAACUGGUUGACGCCUUCACAAUCGCGACCUGCACACCGCUGCCCGAUGCCAAAACCCCCUUCGAACCCUUCUCCUGCGCCCUCGAAGGUGACAAGAAACUAUGCAAGACACAAGGCGGCGUGUGCAACAUAGAGCAAGACGGGUACUACAUCACCAAUGUGAUCUGCAUCAUCAUUGGCGUGGUCACAUUCUGGGGGUACAUUAAGCCCGCGGCCACGAGGUUGAGCGCGUUGCCGCUAAAGUCUUGGAGGGAGGCUAGUGGACCCAGGUCACCGUAGGUUAGAGAAAGGGGGGUGGGGGGGUGUAUUAUAUGAACUUUUCUUCCUCUAUAUUGGCCCUCGGCGGGGGAGGGUUUUCUUGGGUAGGCGAGGUUGGGUAUGAUAGACCACGGGUGGGUGGGUAUGGGUCAGGGGUGUUGCGUUAUACCGCUGGAAAAAAAAAAUCAACUAUUAUAAUAUAGGAAGGGAGUAAGCAGGUGUAAUGUUAAUCAUGCUUGU